CUCCACAGUCAUGAAUUUUGUACCAUUUGUACCAUUUGUAGUAUUGUAAAUUUUUCAUUUCGCCAAUGGCACCUGUACAGAGACGCCGGAGCUUGCGAUUAGCUGAGAAAGAGGCGCUGAGCAAAGCGGGUGAAGACAGUCGGACUGGCAAGCCCGAGCGCAAAGGACGAGUUAUCGCGUCGCGGUACAUGAACAGCACCAAAUCUAGAGCUGCAGCAACAGCAGAUAGCAGACCCCAGGCAGCGCCGAGUAGGGCUGCCAGAGCUGGGCCGUCACGGCCAACCCGACCAGUCACCGCGAGAUCCACACCAGCACGAAAGUCAGCGACAUCAACAGCUACAAAACGAGCAGCAGCAGCAGCAGCAGCAGAGCCGAUAGCAAGCAGACCACAAACUCCACGACGGCCCACAAGGACAGCUACCAUAGCUACACCUCGGCCUGCAGCCAACCACGCUGGAUCAGCAGCUCCUGGGAGCAGCGGGCUUUAUACGGAGUAUAUUCAGUGGUGUCUGCUCGAAGCCCGAUCGCAGCGACAGUUCGAUGAGGCCAAGCAACUUGCUGAUAAUGAACUCCAGCGGCUUCUAGAGGAGGCAGAGGCAGAGAAACAGGCAUUGCUCGAAGAGCAGCGCAGAUACAAGCUGAUGCGGGAACUCACGGCGCUGGCCAAGUGGCUCAAAGACAACAAGCCCUUUAUGGUAGACAUGAAAGGGUGUAUUGACAAGGUGAGGGAGCCGUACAUGCAGCUUGCGGCCAGGCUCAGGGAUACGACGCGGGCAAUGCCGGUCACAGGCGUACACUUUGAGAACAGCGCGGCACUGGUCAAGGACCUAGAGCAGUACAUGGAGGCAGUGAGAAUGUGUUUCUCGGGCGACGAUGCCAGAGAUAUGUUCAAGGUCGCAGAGCUGCUGCGCGCGUACUAUGGCGGUACCGAAGAGGAGACUGAGCUGAUGAGCGAGUGUAUCAGGCUGAAGGAGUCGCUGGCAGUAAACGCAAACAUGGCUGUCAGUGGCAAUCUCCGUCUGGGGUAACUGAAAGCGCCUUGUUUGGCCAAAAAAAAAAAAUAGCACCGCCUCGGAGUGCGAAAAAUAGCAACCUCACGCUGUUUUCCGAGCC